AUGCAGGUCACAAUGGUGUGGCACGCUCUUUUGCUGGUGGGCUUGUUCCUGACGGCGCAGCUGUGCGGGUGCACGCCGUACGUGGGCGGCGGGUUAAGCGUGGAGUUCAUCCAUCGGGACUCCCCCAAAUCUCCGUUCCACGACCCGAAGCUCAGCGUGCACGGCCGCGUGCUCGCGGCCGCUCGGCGUUCCACGGAGCGGGCCGCGGCGCUCGCGCGCUCCUACGCCACCAUCGGCUCUCCAGUUCCUGACGGUGCCGUGUCCGAGAUUACAUCCAGGCCGUUCGAUUACCUCAUGUACGUCUACAUCGGCACGCCGCGCACCCGGAUACUAGCGAUGGCGGACACCGGCAGCAACCUCGUCUGGCUUCGAUGCGUCAACGGCAGCACCGCCUCUGGCGGGGACGCUCCUGCAGACGACGACGCCUUCGACGUGUCCACCUCGGGUACGUACGGCCGCCUCGGUUGCCACUCCGGCGCCUGCAUCGCGCUCCCCGGCGGCUGCGACGCCAACUCCAACUGCAACUACCUCCAGACCUACGCCGACGGCGCCAACACGACCGGUCUACUCUCCAUCGAGACCUUCACCUUCGACGACGCCCCUGGGGGAUGCGUGGGGUGCCGCGACCGUCCGCAGCUGGUGGUGCACGAAGUCAACUUCGGCUGCGCCACGUCCAUCAACGGCCGGUACUUCGGGAACGGCGUCAUCGGCCUCGGCCCCGGGAUCAUGUCCCUCGUCUCCCAGAUCGGCGCGUCCACGCCGCUCGGGCGGAGGUUCUCCUACUGCCUCGUGCCCUACAACGUCAACGCCUCCUCCGCGCUCAACUUCGGCUCUCGCGCCUCCGUGACGGAGGUGGACGCGGUGACGACGACGCUGGUCCGCUCCAACUUCUACUCAGUCGCGCUACAGUCCGUGAAAAUCAACAACUCCACUUUCACGAUACCGCAAGACCAGUCCCGCCUCAUCCUGGACUCCGGCACGUCGAUGACAUUCCUCCAUCAGGAGCUCCUAGACCAGGUGGUGGCGGAGGUGAACCGGACCAUCAAGCUCCCGCAGGUGCCGUCGGUGGGGCGGAUCUUGUCGCGUUGCUACGACGCGACCGGGAUGACCGAGGAGUCGAUAUUGGAGAAGAUGAUCCCGGACGUGAAACUGGUGAUGGGAGGCGGCGCGGUGGUGACGCUCAAGGCGCGGAACACGUUCGUCCAGGUGGAUCAGACCACCGUGUGCAUGGCGCUGCUGCCGGUUGGUGGCCAGUCUCCGUUUGCUAUCCUGGGGAACGUCGCGCAGCAGAACAUGCACGUCGGCUACGACCUGGACAAGCAAACCGUCACAUUCGCCGCCGCCGACUGCACCACCGCCUAUACCUCCCAUCCUGCGUCUUUGUAGAAAUGUCCAUUUGUAUGUUAUACGAUAACUAAUAAUUAAUAAACGUCUUGUUAUCAUGGA